AUGCUCCGCGCCGCCUCUCUCCGAGCCAUCGUCGGCGUUCGCGCCACCGCGUCCUCCGCUCGGCGCGCGAGGGACGACAGGCCGUCUCGACGAACCCUUCGCGCCGCCUCGUCGACCUCAGCGUCCGUAUCGUCGACCACAAUCGCACCUUUCUGUGAACUCUUGUCCAGGGACGAAUCGUCUUCAAACGCGACGCGCCCGCUCGCUGUGGUCAUCGGAUGGUUCGGUUGCGAGCUCAGACACGUGAAAAAGUAUGCGAUGAUGUACGUCGACGCGGAGUGGGACGCGGUCGCGGUGGCGCCGCCUAGCGUGAGCACGUUGGUGCCGAGCGUGGCGGACGCGUACGGAGACUACGUGUUGCGAGCGCUGUCAAAGAGACAGGCGACGGAGCGGAGAGGGCCGAUCGUGGUCCACGUGGCGUCGAACGGCGGUUUCAUAUUCGCGGGUAACUUAAUGUUAAAGGCGAGGAAUGGGGACGCGCGGGCGCGGGCGCUGUUCGAUCGAACGAAGGGGUUUGUUUUCGACUGCGCUCCGGGAAAUUUGAGACCGGAUAUCAUCGCAAGAGCGGCGGCGGCGGUGAUCGGAGGCGCGAGCGCGACGACCGAACCGGCGCCCAUUUUCGAGGCAUUUGCGAAAGCUUUAAUGAUGCGGCCGUCGAUCGACGCGCGUUUGCGGUCUAUCGAUGAGGUGUGGGGCAAGGCGCCAGCGUCGUCGGUUGAAGACGCGUCCUGGACGCCGCCGCACUGUCCCGCCAUGUUCGCUUAUAGUGAGGCGGAUGUGUUGAUUUCCCCGCGCGAAAUCGAAGCAUUCGCACGGUUGAGGGAAGAGAAAACCGGGGCGAGGAGUGAUCUGCACAAAUACCAUGACGCGGCGCACUGCGAGAUAGGACGGGAGGCUUCUCGCUUUGAUGAUUAUCGCAAGAAGGUGCACACGUUCCUAUCAGAGAUUAGAGGCGCGACGGUACAGUAG